AUGUCCGAGCUCGCAUGCGUACCACUCCCCUCAGAUCCAUCUAUAAGACGAUGUCAUCUUUCCGUCGAUAAAUUACUAACACGUCCAGCUGGGGAAGAGGUGGUGAUCGUCGGUGAUAUAUACUCAUAUGCGAGUAAAAAGUAUGGUGAUAAGAUUGCUUGUUAUUAUAGAGAUGUAAUUGGGGUUGUAGAAGAGAUCAAGAUAGUUAACCGGGAUGGAAAAGAAGAAGAAAAAGUUUGGAAAUACUUCACACUCUCCACACCUAAACCCGUAACUUACAAUCAACUCGAUCAAACAGUAACCACCUUAACAUCCGGUCUCAUCAAUCUAGGCUUCACAAACCCAUCUCUUCCCAUCCCUUCUCGUCCACGAGUAUCCAUUUACGCAGAUACAUGUCUCAAUUGGCAAUUGAUUGCUCAGACAUUCGCCAGGUUGGGUCAUACUAUUACCACGGCUUAUACCACACUGGGGGAAGAAGGUUUGAUCGUCAGUCUCGAAGAACCGGAGGUGGAGUUGGUUUUCUGUGGGGAAGGACAAUUGAAUUUGGUGGGAAAGGUUUUGGAGAAGGUUGAAAAGGUUAAAUGGGUGGUUUAUGAUGACAAGGAAACGCCCACGCUGGAGCAAAUCUCCAAGACGGUCGAAUCUCGUGGGGGCAAAAUCAUCACUUUCACAGCUCUCAAGCAACUGGGCUUGGACAAACCAGUCAGAGCCGAAGACCUUGGACCUAAACCCACCGAGGAAGAUCUCUUCUGUAUCAUGUACACCUCAGGUUCCACUGGUCCUCCAAAAGGUGUCAUGUUGUCUAACGCGAACGUCAUCUCUUCAUUGGCGGGAAGUAUCAAACUGUUCGAAACGAUCUUCCGACCAGAGUCCGAUUUGCUGAUGGCUUAUCUCCCUUUGGCACAUAUCCUUGAACAGUUCCUGGAAUACACCUUCCUCCUUCUUGGUGUUCCUCUCGCAUAUGCUAGCGUUAAGACGCUGCUAGAUGAUAGCGUUCGUAAUUGUCAGGGUGAUUUCGCCGCUUACAAACCUACAUUAUUCGCCGGAGUUCCCGCAGUCUUCGAAAUGAUACGGAAAGGUAUGAUGAAAAAGAUUUCAGACGCCGGACCGAUCGUGGGAACAGUCUUCUCAUUUGCUGUAUGGGGCAAGAAAACACUUCCAUGGCCACUCAACGCAAUAAUCGAUCGAGUUUUGUUUGGCCGAGUCAAGCAAGCGACAGGUGGUAGAGUUCGAAUGACGGUAUGUGGUGGUGGAGCUUUGAGUGAAUCGACUCAGAUAUUUCUCAGUACGGUAUUAGCACCCAUAAUGCAAGGUUACGGACUCACAGAAACUUGCGGAAUGUCAACUAUCACUACUCCUGAUAGAUGGUCGGUUGGAAGUGUUGGAACUUUAGGUCCAUCCACUGAACUCAAGCUUCAUUCUCUUCCUGAGUUGGGUUAUCUUACCAAUGUCAACCCUCCUCAAGGAGAGAUUUGGCUUCGUGGUUCCAACGUCUGUAAAGGUUAUUUCAACCGACCUGAAUUGACCGCGGAAGCUUUCACAGAUGAUGGAUGGUUGAAGACUGGAGAUAUCGGAAGGUGGUCUUCUGAUGGAACCCUUCGAAUAGUUGAUCGUAUCAAGCAUCUGGUCAAGUUGCAAAACGGUGAAUAUCUUGCUUUAGACAAAGUCGAAUCGAUUUACAAAGCUUGUGAUGUCGUGAUGAUGAUUUGUAUCGUUGCUCCUCCUCAAGCUGAACGACCUAUCGCUAUCGUGUAUCCUCACGACGGUAACCUACGUAAUUACCUCUCUGCGGCUAAACUUCCCAGUAACGGUACACCACAAUCUUGGGCUAAAGAUGAAAAAGUGGUAAACAUCAUUCUUGGACAGUUACUCGCUGUUGGUCAACGUGCCGGAUUGAGUAAAGCCGAGUGGGUGAGGGAUGUCAUUAUGACGGAUGAAGAGUGGUCUCCCGAGAAUGGUCUCCUCACUCCUUCUAUGAAACUCGCCCGGACUACCAUUGCUCAGAGGUACAAAGAUGAAAUUGAGGUAAGUUUGAGGGAUACAGCUGGAAUAGAUGGUUCAGGAACUUACGUCCAGGCUAGCCUUGCAAAGCAGUGA